AAGCUUAACUUAUCUUGCUUCUUCCUUCAUCAUUUCGUCUCACUGUUACUUCCUGCUUUACCUGAACUCUCUCGUCUUUUUAACUUUUAUUUGCGCGGAGGAUUCGAAACCCCGAGCAUCACCUCUCUUUCCCACUCCCACGUUUUUCUCAAACGCUCUAGAGCAGAGACGGCAGUGUCUUUUGAAUACUUCUCUUCAUUCUUUUAAUCCUUUAUCGAACUUCGAUCUUGAUCUGAAUCUGGCGAAGUUCACGAAUUUAGUAGGAACGUGUGAAUCCGAUACCAUUCUUCUUCCCUCAAACGUGUUUUGCACGGCCUGAACUUAGUGUUAUCACUCGUUCAACAGCCACCCCCACAUGAAUACCCGAAUGGAAGAAUCUUAGGACACAUCUGCUCGAUCUGACAUCAUGAAGGGGGCUUUUUGUGCAUACCCAGUGUUUUGAGAUUUGCUAUGUGCGAAGGACCCAAGACCAAGAAGUUAAAUUUGUAUUAGAACCGUGGUAAAAGGAAAAAUGCAGUCCAGGUUGGGAGCUUUAGAGGAAGGGAAGGAACCUGUAACUGCAUCUAGGACAAGUCAAUCUAGGCCCUUCCCCUUGAGACUAUUGAAAUUCUUCUUGCUAUUCUUGAUUUUUGGCAUUAGUGCUUCAAUUGUUAGCAUCAUUAUGGUUCGGCGUUUUGGAAUCAACACUGUGCCCCUACUAGUACAGUCUAGUACUUUUAGGCCUUGCUUUGAGCAGUCAGGGAGCAUAGAAAGUUGGAUUAGGCCUCCAUCAAAUUUGUUGCAUACAAUGAAUGACUCUGAACUGUUCUGGAAGGCCUCUUUUGUUCCAAGAAUUAAAAGCUAUCCAUUUAAAAGGACUCCCAAGAUUGCUUUCAUGUUCUUGACGAAGGGACCAUUGCCAUUUGCGCCACUCUGGGAGAAGUUUUUCAAGGGGCACGAGGGGCUUUAUUCAAUUUAUGUUCAUUCACUACCAUCUUACACGUCUGAUUUUCCGCCAUCUUCAAUUUUCUAUAGGAGACAGAUCCCAAGCCAGUUAGCAGAAUGGGGAAAGAUGAGCAUGUGUGAUGGUGAAAGAAGACUCCUGGCUAAUGCACUGCUUGAUAUGUCAAAUGAAUGGUUCAUCCUCCUAUCUGAGUCCUGUAUUCCUCUCCAGAACUUCAGCAUUGUGUAUCGAUAUAUAUCCCGGUCAUGGUACAGUUUCAUGGGUGCAGUUGAUGAACCUGGUCCCUAUGGUAGAGGGCGCUAUAAUGAACACAUGGCUCCUGAGGUCAACUUAUCUGACUGGCGUAAAGGACCACAGUGGUUUGAAAUUAACCGGGAACUCGCAGUUAGAAUAGUUGAAGACAGCACUUACUAUCCUAAGUUCAAAGAGUUUUGCACACCACAUGCAUGCUAUGUGGAUGAGCACUAUUUCCAGACUAUGUUAACCAUUAACACUCCUCAUCUUUUGGCAAAUAGGAGCCUCACUUAUGUUGAUUGGUCUAGGGGUGGCGCUCACCCGGCUACUUUCGGUAAGGAUGAUAUCAAAGAGGAAUUCUUCAAGAAAAUUUUGGAAGAGCAGACAUGUCUUUAUAAUAACCAGCCAUCAUCUCUUUGUUUCCUCUUUGCUAGAAAAUUUGCACCUAAUGCUUUGGGUCCUCUUUUAGCUAUAGCAUCCAAAGUUCUAAGAAUUUGAGAAUGGUCUAGCUUGUUGGAGUUGAAUCUUUGAAGGAGGCUUAUUCGAAGCAUAUGUUAGUAUAGUUUUAAGUUAGCUGAGCUCCUUAUAGACACAUCAUACAAUUAAUCUUCUCUUCCUCCCUACUUUUUGCAGAAUUUAGUUGCUCCUAGACGUAUAGGAUAUUGAACUUAGUUACAUUUUUAUACCAAGUAUAAGCCCCAAUUCAUACUAAUUUUAUUGGGUUAUUAGUUUGCUGCUUGCUGGUUAAUUUAGUCCUAUGCUGCUGUAACCAAAUUAAUAAGCUGUAACCAAAUUAAUAAAAAUUGCACCAUUUUCCUUUUUAG